AUGGGAAAAGAUUACUUGAUACAAAUACUUUUCCCUGAUGCAUACCACAAAUCACAAAAUGACGAAAAAUGGUUUGAGGGAUAUGAUGAAAAUAAAGUUUUUGUAUUUGAUGAUUUUUAUAAUCACAACAUGGAAUUUUCGACUCUAUUAACGUUAAUCGAUAACAAACCACACACU